AUGGUGGACGAGGAGGCGGCCCGCUCACUGGAGCAGGAGGCCAUCGCGCUCGUGAACCUCAGCAACUCGAAGCAGUUCUCGGCCGCGCAGCCGCAGCAGCAGCUCGACAACCAGGACGUAGCGCUGGAGCUCUACGACGACGCGUCCGCCGAGCUGCUGGACGGCAACAUCUCCAUGAAGUCGCUGCUCGUGACGCUCAAGAAGCGCAAGCUGCAGCACCCGCAGGCCGAGGCGCAGCAGCAGCAGCCCACGGGACCCGAUAACGCAGCGGAGACCGCGACGGUUGACGACGCCAAGCUCCCGAGCUUCCGCACCGAGGCGGUGGCCAACGCGGCCGCGGAGCCCGUGCCGCCCGAGCUCAAGUGCAAGUACCGCACGGGCAAGUGCCACAACGUGCGCGCGCUCAAGUCGUGCGGAGACUACCACAACCUGUGCAACUACCACCGCCUCCGGGCCAACGCCAACCAGCGCAAGCUCGACCGCAAGAAGAAGGAGCAGCGGCUGCAGCAGCAGCAGCUCACGGCCGGAGCGUCCUCGCCGCGCGCGGUCAAGCAGCAGCCGAUCCCAGCCUCGUCACAUGCGGCCGCGGCGGCACUCGCGUCGCUGGUGGCCGCGCAGCCGCAGCACCACUUCGACGUGCUGCAGCAGCAGCGACCGUUCUUCGCCGCCGGCGUGACCGUGCAGGAGGUGGGCAAGAACAAUAGGAAUAGAAGCACCGGCGCCGUGCGCCCCAAGCAGGAAGACGCCUGCAGUUAUUAG